CGUAAUGGAGAAAAGCAGCGACAGACAGAAAAUUGAAAAAAUUAAAAGGCUAUUAGACCAGCUACCAAGAGCAAACGUUGUGCUCUUACGGUACGUGUUCCUGGUCUUGAGUAAUAUCGCUGAACUCUCCGCGGCAAAUGAAAUGGAUGCUUUACACUUAGGGGUGUGUAUGGCUCCAAGUAUUAUUUGGCAUCCUUCUGCGAGCAGAGAAGAAAUGGCCUCUGCAGAAAAGCUUGUGGAAUUUGUGAUAAAAAACUGCCGCAACAUCUUUGGAGGACACGUCACUGCCCUGUUUGGAGAGUCAUCCGGAAUAUAAAAUACUCAAGAAAAACCCUCAGAUACAUCUAGCUUUCCA